UGAGAGUCAGGCCCGACGGCCGCUCUCACCGAGCGAACCACCGGGCGGCCGGUGAGAGCGGUGCUGUGGGCCGCAGGACCGGGUGUCGAUUUACGGCGCUGCACUGGGCGGCGAAGCACGGCAGCGUGGAGACGGCGACGCUGGUGGCAGAGGCCGGGGUGGACGUGAACGCUCGCUCGCAGGGGGGUUACACGGCGCUACACAUCGCCACCAUCCACAGUCGUGAAGAGAUGGUGGAACUCCUCAUCACCACCCUACGCGUGCGCCAGGACGUGCGUGACUACAGUGGGCGGCUGGCGUUGCAUUACGGCAAAGCCCGGGACGAAGAGGCUGUGACACCGAAUCCCACCACACCGAUGCGCGCCGACAAGCGAUCAUCGCGCAAGCUGGCCGGCGCCUUCCCGGGCUGCUGCCGUACCGCGCCAGCCUGGCGGGGCCCGCGGGGGUCCCCGGGGCGCAAGCGGCGCAGCUGGGGGGCCCCGGCAACCGCGCGUCGUGGAGCGGCGGGCAGCCCUCAAGGGGAGGGGGCGGGCCGCUGGGGGGGGCGGCGGCGGCGGCGGCGGCGGCCACGGGCGGCGCCGCUGGGGCUCGGCCGAAGACCUCGUGGAGGAGGAGGAGGACGGCGACGCGCUGUCGGCGCUGGCGGCGGCGGGGCCUCCCAGCGGUCCGGCCCCGCAGUCUCUCAAACUCGGACGCAAGUCGUCCAAGUGACGGCACCCCCGCCCACCCCGCCCCGAGCGACCCGCCGGAAAUCCCUCAACCGCGGUAGUCUCCCGUGCGGCCUGGGCGGCGGGGGGGGGAGCGAUGCCGACGCCACGUUCUCGGUCGGGCCUCGCCAGUGGAGGAGUUCGGAGGAGCUGGCGAGGGUUCUCCACCAGCGCCCACCCACCCCCCACGACGGCCCGCACGUCGACACGCCACGCGGAGGCGUUCGCGUCGCGAGCCGUCGUGUGGGGGGGUUUGGGGCUUCGGGGGGUCGGGGGGGUCGGGGGGGGAGGUGUGGGAAACGCGACGGCCCUGGACGCCUCUCUCCCUCUCGGCCGUGUGCCUCUCAGUAUUAAUCCAGGGCCGGUACCGCACGCUUCCCCUACGCGGCUUUCGCGCGGUCAGAAUCCUCUCCGUCCGCUCUCGCUCGCUCGCUUGCACACAUUUGUGCGUUUAAAAUAAAACAAAGCCAUUGCACCCGGGGGGAGCGGCGGACCCCCCUCCCCCUUCAGCACGCGACCGCAGCGAGCUUUCCCCAUAGCAAAGCUCCUGCAGAGCCCGGCAACUCAGUGAUUUUUUUUAUAGCCGCAGCGCUUGCCAAAUAUCUCGGUGGAUUUUUUACGAGGAGGAGGAAGGAGUCGGCCUGUGAGGUUUUUAUAGAAGAGUUUUGGCCGUCGAAGUCCGGUCGAUGAAUCUCGGGGCGACUGGCCCCGCGCGCUCACUUCAAUAAACGUCUCCCGCGCUUCUUG